AUGGCAUCCGAUGCCGCCGCCUCGCCGGCCGAGCUCUACGACUCAACCAUGACAGUCCCCUCCGACUCCGAGAACUACUCCGCCAACCAGGAGCUGUCCUCUUCAUCUACAAGCUCGCCUAUGAUUCUAUACAAGCCGCCAACUAUCUGGGGUAUUCUCCGUGGUGCAGCCAUCAACCUCUUCCUCCCCUUUGUCAACGGCCUGAUGCUUGGUUUCGGAGAGUUGUUCGCACAUGAGGCCGCCUUCCGGCUUGGGUGGUCUAACACCAAGAUCUUCCCUACAUAUCGCCGGUCAGUGGGCCCUGGAGUUGAGCUUCGGGAGCUUCCUUCAGAGCGGAGACGCGCCCCUGCUGGACUGAAGGACACCGCAUCUCUAGAGUAA